AUGAAAAGGACAUCAAAUAGAAAUGAGGAAGCAACAGCCAAAUUAUCAUCUUCGACAACAAUAACAACAACAACAACCAAUAAAUAUUAUAAUAUGGCAAAUGCAGAAAAAUCCUCAAAAUCAACAACAAUCAGUAAUUUAAUACCAAAGUAUAGUCUUUUCAAUGAACCAAAUAAUGACAAUGAUACAAAUUCAUCUACUAGACCAAAUAAACAACAAAAACUAUUAAAAUCAAAUGAAUCAACAACUUCAACAACAACAACAACCACACCGAUAACAACAACAACAACAACAACAACAACAACAACAACACCAAAUCUAUCAAAAUAUUAUAAUUAUAAUUUAUAUAUUGAAAAACAAAAUGAAAAACAAAAUUUACCAACAACAGAAACAGAAACUACCACCAUCACACCUACACUAACAACAACAACAACAACAACAACAACAACAACAACAACAACAACAAAACAAAUACAAAAUACAACAACAUCAACAAUAAAUCAUUUUCUACCAUUAAUAAUUCAAAAAGAGAUUAUAUUCUUAUUAGUUGAAUUGGGUAGUUUUUUAAAUGCAAGAAAAGUAUGCAAAUAUUGGAAAAAAGUUUGUAAUGGAUGUGUAGAGAAUUUGAAUAUUUAUUUCACCGAUAUUCAUUUAUCAGCAUCAGUUAAACAUGUUUCGGAAGUAUUUGUAAAAUCAUUAAAUAGUGAUUACUUUCAUUUACAAUCAGUUUCAUUCAUAAAUGGUGCAAAGAAUUCAAUAUCCUAUAGUGAAUUUUAUUUCAAUAAUGUCAUUCUACCAUUCAUUGAAAAUGUUGUCAGAUAUAAUCAAACAAUUGAAAAUUUCACUAUCAAAGGUUUCCCAAUAACUCGUAUCAAUAAUAAAUCAAGUCAACAAUUACUACCAUCUUAUAAAUUAUAUCAUUCAACUUCAGUACCUUCUUCACCACCUCCACCACCACCACCACCACCACCACAAAUUCAACAACCUACAAUUACAGCACCAACAUCAACAACAGCAAUAGCGGUAUCAUCAACAACAACAACAGCAACAGGUCAAACAUUAAAUAAUAAUAAUAAUAAUAAUAAUAUACCAAAAGGAUUAAAUUAUUAUUUAACAAAUAAUUUUAAAUUAAAAAAGAUAAAUUUAAAAAAUAUUGGAUUAGAUAGUAGAGAUAAAUUUGAUUUUUUUAGUUCAUUAUCAUCAAGUGUUAAUAAUACAUUGGAAACAUUGAUAAUUUGUGAUAAUAUAGGUGAUGAAGGUAUGCAAUUAUUAUCGGUGAUAUUGAUAAAGAAUCUAUUAAAAGUAUUAAAGAGAUUAGAGUUACAAAAGAAUCAAUUUACAAAUCAAUCGGCAUAUUAUUUAAAUAAGGUAUUAAGUUGUGAACAAUUACAAUUGGAGACAUUGAAUUUAUCAUCGAAUAGAAUCGAUGAACAAGGUUUAAUAAUGAUGAAAGAUGGUUUCGGUAGGAAUAAAUCGUUAAAGGAAUUCAUAUUCUCAAAGAAUCGGUUGGGUAAUACCGAUUCAGUCGAUUUUGGUAAAUCAAUAACCUCGUUGGAUUUACAUGAUUCAAUGGUUGGUUCUAAACAAUCGAUUAAAGGUUUAUCACAAUAUUUGAAAUUCAAUGAAUCUAUAACAUCAUUAAAUUUAAGUUUUAAUCAUAUUGGUUCAAAUGAAGCUAUAAAAUCAUUAUCGAAAUCAUUUGCUGUUAAUCAAACUUUAAAAUUUGUAGAUUUAUCAUUUAAUAAAAUUAAUUCAAAUUUUGGUUUAGAUCAUUUGGUUUCAUCAUUAUUAAUUAAUCAUUCAAUUCAUUCGAUUUCAUUACAAUCGAAUCAAAUCGAUAAUACAUCAGCUAUAACAUUAUCACAAUUAUUUAAUUCCUCUCGUCAAUUAUUUUCACCAUUUAAAUAUUUAAAUUUAUCUGGUAAUAAAAUUGGUAUUGGUGGUCUUAAAAAAUUAAUUAAUGAUUUAUCAAAAUAUUCAAAAACUCAUAUAAUUUAUAAUAAUAAUGAUGAUAAUAAUAAUAAUAAAAAUGAAAAUGAAAAUAAAUCAAAAAUUAAAAAUUUAAGUUUUAAUAAUAAUAAUAAUAAUUUUGUUAAAAUUAUUAAAAACUAUCAUGAUACAAUACCAAUUAUAAGAACAAUUAAUAAUAGUAAUGGAAAGAAUUUAUUAGAAGAAGAAGUUGAACAAGUUAUUAAUAGUAGUAGUAAUGAUACGAAUCAAAAUGAUAAUAUAAAUAAUGAAAAUAAUUUAACUGAAAUUUCAAUCGAUUUAUCAUCAAAUAGUCCAUUAGAAGUUUCAAAAGUUAUUGGUUUAAUACCGAGAUAUAAAUCUAAACUUACAUUUGCUGAUAGAAAACCUGUUAAAAAAUAUAAAUUAGUAAAAUUAUUAUUUUAA